GAAAUAGUUUAGUAGGGACUUUUCUGAAGCUCUGGCUUACUCUUCGUUGGGGCUAUGUUAACGUUUCCUCUCGUUCUCUCCUACAGAGCGUACCAUCUUCUCGGCAACAGAGUGUUGGCGGUGAAGGUCAUUCCUUUGGAUAUCACAGUGGAGCUACAGAAACAGAUCAUGUCCGAGUUGGAGAUCCUCUACAAGUGUGAUUCCUCCUACAUCAUAACCUUCUACAGUGCCUUCUUUGUGGAGAACAGGAUCUCCAUAUGCACAGAGUAUAUGGACGGUGGCUCUCUGGACGUAUACAGGAGGAUCCCAGAACAUGUGUUGGGUAGGAUCUCUGUGGCGGUUGUGAAAGGCCUAACCUAUCUAUGGAGCCUGAAGAUUCUUCACAGAGACGUCAAGCCUUCCAACAUGCUGGUCAACACUAGAGGUCAAGUGAAGCUCUGUGACUUUGGAGUCAGCACGCAGUUGGUGAAUUCCAUCGCCAAGACGUAUGUGGGAACUAACGCCUACAUGGCACCGGAGAGGAUAUCUGGGGAGCAGUAUGGUAUCCAUUCAGACGUCUGGAGCGUGGGCAUCUCCUUCAUGGAGUUGGCACUGGGCGCUUUCCCCUAUCCACAGAUUCAGAAAAACCAAGGAUCUUUAAUGCCUCUCCAGUUACUGCAAUGCAUCGUUGAUGAGGAGCCUCCUGUUCUUCCUGUGGGUCAGUUCAGCCAGAAGUUUGUCCACUUCAUCACACAGUGCAUGAAGAGACUCCCCAAAGAGAGGCCUGCUCCUACCAACCUUAUGGACCAUGCCUUCAUCCUGCUCUAUGACGAUGGCAAUGCGGAGGUGGUGUCCAUGUGGGUGUGUCGCUGUCUAGAGGAGAGAAGAGCCCAGGCUCAGGGACAGAUGUGACCCCGUAAACACAGGAGAUCACAGAGAAGUUAAGCGGUCAAGGGUAUCAUGUAGGGCCAGGAUGAUACCAGUAUCUCUAUACUCGUUAAUAUCGUGGCAAAGAAACAAAACACCAAGCGCGGGGGAAGAGGAAAACAGUCCUGAUGUUGGAAACAAAACAUCAUUAUGAUGUCAUCCAGAGUCACAUUUAUUUAUUUUCUAUCUAUAGCUCACAAUAUUUUACAUACAGCAGGUGUUUAAAGGACUGAAAGAGUUUAGUCUGCUUUGUGUUUUCAUUUUUGCCAUAGAAACAAUAUUGCGAUACUGGUAUGGUCCCGGCCCUAAUAUCAUGCCCCAAUCUCUCUGGACUUUCACCAUUCGUGAACCCCAGGAGUGGACAGUAAAUAUCAAAGACGCGGUUUCUAAAACGUAUUGAAGACGUCCAUUGUGUAAAGAGGGCGUCUGUACGUCCAACGUCAGUAAGCCAAGAGGAUACUGGAUCUUUACAACUGAACGUUCGUUGCAAGUGGAACUUUGUUAUCUGGGCCCUUGGCGUGUUGACUGAUGUCUUGAUGGUGUAUCCUGGCGACUCUCACACUCCAAACCUGGCUGUGUGAUGACGCUGCUUUAUCAAUGAAUUUACAAGUGAGUGGGACUUAUUCCGUGACUGUUUGCCUACUUAGUUAUUUCUAAGACUUUAGGCAGAAUGUCAGAGUAAGUGAUCAACGAUGAGAUGGGGCUUGAAAACCCAAAUGGCUUUACAAUAACAAAGAAGUGCUAUUUUCCAGGAUGAGGCUCGGAUAACCUGUUACGCUUUAUUGUUGGCAGCUUUCUAGUGAAUGUGGAGGUGUGGCGGUGCAUACAGCAGUAACCCCUGUGUGUGUGCAGCAGUAACCCGUGUGUGUGUCGGUAUGUAAGGCAGUAACCCAUGUGUGUGUACAGCAGUAACCCCUGUGUGUGUCGGUAUGUACAGCAGUAACCCA